GCAAAUCCCAUGAGACCUUAGGUGGACUGGAGACAUGCUUGGCCAAUUGCUACGGAGCACGCCCACGACUCAUAUAUAUUUAAAUUGUGAGUGAGCACAAAUGCAGGCACAGAGGGCGGAAAUCACUCACCAUAACCUGAUAUGCGGCGGCAAGGUCACAUUAGAAGUACUGAAAUACGCUUGGUAGAAGUAACUCCAACACAAUACAAUCAUGGGAUUUUGGUGAUUGUCGCUGUUGUUCUUAAAUUGGUCGAAGUAUCUGCAUUAUUCUUCAUAGUCCAAAAAAAUCAGUGCAACAACAAAACUGAUGAUUCUGGCCACAUUUUCAGGGAUGAAAAUAUCCAACAACAAUACAUACAUGCAUAUUAUACAAUCACAGACCUAUGUUCUGCAACAGACAAUGUGUGUGAGCUUUGUCCAUUGAACUGGGAUGCAUACAAUGGCAAAUGUUACUUAUUUUCAGAAGAGAGAAUUAACUGGUCUCAGAGUGAAAAAGAGUGUCAACGGAGGAAAGCGGAGCUUAUUUCCAUUGAGAAUUUGAAAGAACAGGACUUCAUUUUAAGACAUGUUUCUUUGAAGAAUGGGCAUUUCUGGAUUGGACUUACCAAAAAUGGUUCACACUGGUAUUGGAAGACAGGUGGAAAGUUUCAAGGAAACAUGUCUAUUACAUCGGCAGAACACCAGUGUGCCACCUAUGGAAAAGACUUAUCAGCAGAAAGCUGCUAUAAUCCAAACAAAUGGAUUUGUAAAAAGAAAAUGUCAAGGUUUUAA